AUGCUUGGGGUGCUGUCGUCAGCUUCGAAGGCGGACGGCAGCGAAGACAGCGUGGCGGCGGCGGCGGCAGCGGCGGCAGCGGCGGAGCGCAUUGCGGAAGACGAGGCUCUUAUGCAGGUCGUGCGCCGCCACCUGGCCGGCAGCCAGGUGUUUGAGCCAGCCCUGCGGCUGGUCAAGGCCCUGCUGAGCCACCUCUCACGCCGCUGCCCGCGGGAGGCCGCCGUCGCCGCGCUCGGCGACGGCUCGCGCGUGCUGCUCGGCGGCAACGGGGUGCGGCUGGACGACCCUCGACUGAACGACAGGCUCUAUGUGCUGGCGCUGCUUGUUGCGGCGUGCGGCGAUGAGCAGCGAGCGGCCGUGGCGGCCGUGAUCGCCGAGCACGGCAUCGUCACGCUGCUGCUCAAAGCGCUGUCCCAUCAAGACUUUGCUGUCCGCGCCAACACCGCCGCGCUGCUGGUCGUGCUCUGCAGCUUCCCCAUCUCCUGCGCGGCCGUCUCCGCGCACCCGGCAGCGCUCGCCGCGCUGUCCAGCCUGCUGCGCGCCGCUGGCGCCGUGGCGGGCAAAAUGGAUGCUGACGAGGCGCGCGAGCUCGACGUGCUCGCGACUGACGCGCUGCAGGCGAUCUGCUUCCUCAUGGCGCCGAGCGCCGCCGCAGGCGACGCGUUUGCCGCGAUGGCGCUGGCCCCAACAGGCUAUGGCAUCCUGGACGCGGUGGAACGGCUGCUGACGACGCCUGCAGCAGGCGACCCCGCUGACGUCAGCGCUCGUCGCUACCUGCGAGGGCUGGCCGCCGCCGCCACCGCCCUCAGCGCCAUCACGCGCGCCGCCGCGGAGCGCGGCCGGCUCGCAGCCCUGCAGACGAGGGGCCCCCUCGUGGUCGCGGCCGGCAAGGCGCUGGUGUGGGUUGCGGACGGCUUGCGCGGCGAUGGGCGGCCGCGUGAAGGGGGGGAGCUGGCCGAGCGCGAUGAGCGGUGGAUGCUGCAGGCUGCCGAGAAGCUGCUGGAAGCGCUGCACGACCUCACAGACGCCACCGCAGACGGCUCCGCCGCCGCCGCCGCGCUCGAGGCGCUUGGCGACUGCGGGCCCGAGGCGAUGGGGAUCUUUGGGGAAGCGGCAGUUUACGCGUCCGGUGCCGUCAUCGCGGCGCUGCCGAAUGACGGCGACGCGUGCAGCGCCGCGGUCGUCCAGUCCGGCGCGUUGCACGUCUAG